AUGAGCAAAAUCGUAUUUGGUCUAUUGGCCCUUGCGGCCGUCGUAUCCGCCGGUCUUUUACCACACGAGCCGGUACCGAUCGUACGCCAGGAACAGGACUCCAGCCCUGACGGUUCUUUCUCGACUAGAUUCGAGACCGGAAACGGAAUUUCGUAUCAAGAAAGCGGAAGCCUCAAGAGUCUUGGACCCAAAGACAGUGCUCAAGUUUCGGAGGGUGUUGUCAGCUACAAUGCUCCUGAUGGCACUCCCAUCCAAUUAUCUUGGCGGGCCGAUGAAAAUGGAUUCCAGGCAAGUGGUGCCCAUUUACCCGUUGCCCCACCGGCACCGCAAAUCCCAGAGGCUAUCCAGAGAGCUCUCGCCUACAUCGCCGCUCACCCCUACGUCGAACCCAAGAAACUCUAAGAUGGAAAGAUCAUUUUCUUCCACCUCGAGGUUGGGCCCAUCGAGACCACCGGUUUUCGAUCCAUCGAUUAAACGCAAAGUUUUCAAUGGUUAUGGCCAGGGAUCCGGG